UUAUCAAAACAAGAAGACAGUAAGAAAACGAUUGUUUUUGUGGAUACAGAUUACAGGUUGUAUCUGCGCUGUUGCCAUUGUCAUUUAGCCUUUCAUCCUCAGUGUGAAGUGUUUGAGCUAGAGCUUAUUCUUACUGGCGAAGUAAAAGAAAUUUUGUGCACACCUUGCUCAAGCAAAAAUGGCUGAUGAUAAUAGAGUCUAUGUACAGUUGGAAUCAAGUGGAGGUGGCCAGACUUUACUUUUGGUUGAUAGUGAUAUGGCUAAACAAUUACAGAAUGAUGCAACUUUCCGUGAAAAUUUUCAAAGGUGCCUCCAAGGAUCAGAAGAAAAUAAAGCUGAAGACAAUUCAUGUAAAUCUGAAGAAAUAAUGAAAGAUGAUAACAAAGGAGAGGUAAGAUGGCAACCUCAAGCUACCCAGCUACUUGUUUCAAUGCGUAUUGAAAAUGAUGUAAAAUUCCACAUGCAGAAGACUCACUCAACUUUGUGGGAUGAAAUUUCAGCAGUUUUGAAAGAAAAGGGCCACAUUUUCACUGGGAAACAAUGUAGCAACAAAUGGAAGUCUCUAAAGAGAGACUAUCGGGCUGUUGUCGACCACAACUCCAAAACUGGCUCAGACAAGAAAACUUGUAAGUUUUUUGAUGACUUUAAUCAACUCUAUGGAAAUAAGCCAAGUACCAGACCAAGUUUUACUAUCAAUAGUGGUUCCACUACAAGUGCAUUAUCUAAUCUUCAAUGUACAGAUGCUGGGUCAAGGUCAAAUGCAGAAGUUUUCGCCAGUGAAAUAGAAGAUACAACUGACAGUGGGGAACCACCAGAAAAGAAACCAAAAACACCAGGCAGAAAAAUAAAGAAAAAAGAAACUGGUGUUGAUAGAAUGGUUAGCUUUCUUACAUCUUACCAGGAUGCCCAAAAGCAGAUGCAAGAGGAGCAUGAAAUGUUUGUAAAAGAACAGAAUGCUGAAAAGCUUAAAAGAUUUGAUCAGUUGUUGGACAUUUUGGCCAAAAAGUAAUAUUAUUUGUCUUCCAUAGAAGAUAAUUUUAGUGACAAUGAGGACCUUAUUAUGUGCCCAUCAUUUGUUUUCUUUUCUCAAAAUAGUUGGAUAAGAGGUUUAUCAAUUUAAUACAUUUUUGUUUAUAUUUCACUGUUCAUAAAUAGUUAUAUUUACCAUAAGCUGUUUUAUUUCUUAGGAUUGAAAGGCAAUAGCACUUGUCAAAAUUGUCAUGAAGAUUUUGUUAUUUCCAACUAGUCAUAUUUGGUACUCAUCAUUAUGCCAUGUACACAUUUGGAGAAAUUGUUAGAGUUAUAUUCAUUAUUGUUGAAAGGCAAUAGCACUUGGCAAAAUUGUCAUGAAGAUUUUGUUAUUUAAAACAGGUCUUAUUUUGUACUCAUCAUUAUGCCAUGUACACAUUUGGAGAAAUUGUUAGAGAGUUAUAUUCAUUAUUGUCAUGAAGAUUUUGUUAUUUCCAAUUAGUCAUAUUUUGUAGUCAUCAUUAUGCCACAUACACAUUUGAAGUACUUAGUUAUAUGUGUUAUUGUUGUGAUUUAUUGAUAAUUAUUGUGAUAUUUUGAUUGUGUAAAUGGCAUCAUUAUUCAGUAAGAAUUAUGUUAAUGAUCUC